GAGGACUAUCAGCAUCAGCAACACCUACCCGAGCUCUGCGAGAUCUACAAGGACACCUGCGGUUGGUUCUACACCUACUUCAGGGACAAGGCCAACAUCUGGGGGAUCGGUUCGAUCCAGAGGAGGCCCUGCCCGACCUUCUUCGAGCCAGAGCCUGAGCCCGAGGUUCGAGAGGACUUGGACGCUCGGCGAAGCUUCAACGAAAAGCUCCAGGCGGUAAUCACCCUUGCUCCUCAAGUUGGUCAUUGCUUCUUGGAGAUUGGCUACCUGUACGGCCGACAAGAGCUCAGACGAAGAGAGAUUCAGUUGCUUGGUGCUGAAGGCCGACCUUUGGGUGAGUUGCCUGUGGAAUUGGAGUUCCGCGAGUGCGUGAUUCGCCUCAAGGAGGAGAAGAAUGGUGUUGAUCCUGAACGUGAUGGUUUUGGACUUCCAACGUUUGAUGAGGAGUCAGCCAGCGAGGGUCCUGACUCUGAGGCCCCAACUGUGAAUGCGAGCCCAGAUACUUCAGAACGUCGAAGACGGUAUGCCCGGAUUCCAACAGAUGAUCCUGGCCAACCUCUUGCAGAAGAAGAUGCACUGGUUUUGUCGGUGUCCGACAGCUUCAUCUUGGAGCAACUACGAGGAUGGCGUCUCUUGACCUCUGCAAGCCUCUCCACUGAUGAGUGGCGAGAUGUUUUGGGCACUACGCAAGGAAAGCUGGACUAUGUCUCCAUCAGCGAUGCUCUCCAGGUACUCUAUGACGAGCAGAUGACUGGUGGCACUCAUGGAGAAGAUGAAGCUGAUGCCAAUGCAGCUCAAGAAGGUGAUCCCAAUGCCUCAGAAGCCUCUGCAGCAGAAGCUCAAAAGAUGGAGCAACUCUUGGCUGAUGGUCGCAGUUGGAGCCAAGCACAAGGAAAGGCACCUGUGAAUGCCUAUGCGCUGAACCACUAUGGUUUGGAGAUGGAGCUUCAGACCCAGCACAACGGCCCUGUGGAACAUGCCAUGCUGGCAACAAAGAAGGUGGCCACUCCGAGGAAGACACAGAUACCUCGUGAGAUCCCACCUGGCAGUGGCAUGAUCGACUCCGGAGCUACAUGCUCUGCUGGACCUGAAACCAGUGCUCAGCGGCUGGUGACAAAGAUCAUGGAAGCCGAUGCAGCAGCACAGAUCCGCGUGGAGACAAAGGAUCAACCUCGUUUUCGUUUUGGUUCUGGCAAAUGGGGACAAGCCCUCUACAAGUUGACCGUUUCUUCAUCUAUUACGGGGAGUUCACGCAGUUUUUCAUGUUUUGCACUACCUGAUCCCGAAGAACGUCAUGAAGAUUGGUUUACCAUGGACAUGCUGGUUCCUGUUUUAGUAGGUAUGGACUGGUUGAAAGAAGCUGGAGCAGUUUGGGACUUCAACGAUGGUCAUUGUUUUCUUCCUUUGAUGAAUGGUGUGGUUCUCAACCUUCCUCAAAACCAAAAGGGUCACUACAUGUUGGAUGUUGUCGAAUACCUCACUGAUGGUCUCCGAAACUCCAAGGGUCAUGCUGCAGUACAUAUCAUGUUGGAAGAACCUGAUGAAAAACCAGAAGUCAUCAACGAUCACUCCAUUGAGUUUUUCCCAGUUCAGUUUUCUGACGUUUUUGUCUCUGAGAAUGCAAGCGUUGAUGGCAAGUUCAGUCAAGCCUUCGAGUACAUGGUGAAUCGACGGAUGAAGUUGUCCUCCAACAGCAGUGUUCGGCUCAUGGGUAACCGUUUGCCCUUCGCUUCAACCCCGACAACUUCCUCUCCAAGUAGCCAUGCCGAAGGACAAGGACAAGAGCGACAUGCAGCCUCCGGACGAAUCUCGUCGGAUGGAGGGAGAUCCUCGAGACCCACGGCAUCAACGAAGCCAGUGGCCUUGCAAGGGAACUCAUGCCCCAAGCAAGGAGAUGAGCAACAGGUACGGCAUCUGGGUCAACUGCCUCCAGUGCGGGUACCGUCUAUGGUACAAGCCUCGAGUUGGCAGCCCGGCCAACUCCAUGGUGACGAUGAAUUCACCAACGUGAAGCGAGCUUUGGACGAACUACAAGGUCUUCUACCUCCGCAAGCAAUGCCGACAGAAGAGCUGGUGCGCGCGAUGAUCGAGAAGGUGGUGGCCGAGGAGCGCAUCAAGACCAUGCUGAUGGACGUCGAGAAGACCAUGCAGAAGAACGAGAAGAUCAACAAGGCCAAAUCGGCCGCAACAGCCGCAAAGGCAAAAGGGUAUGCUUCUCCGAUCCAAAGACCUCGAACACCAACACCAGAGCCUGGCCCUUCUCCUGCGUCAAGCGGAUGGCAACAGGUCUCUCCCAGCAGGAUGGACCUCAACAUGGCCUUCGAGCACCUGACAGCGGAGGAGAAGGAGCGCCUCAUGCAGCUUGCGGCAGAACGGGCAGUUCAGCCGGUGAUCAAUGUGAACAUCAGCUCGGACACGGAGCUGGAGCCUGCGUACGGGGAGCAACAGCAGUGA